GGCCUCUCCACCUGCCGUUCCAAUUUGCUCGCUGUUACUCCCCACCUUAAAUCCCAGGAUCUUUCUCCUUCAUUCAAAUCCGAGAGACACUUUGCGAGCCCAGAGCUCUUCCUCUUUCCCUACUUAGGCAGUUGGCCCUCUUAGCUUGCUAUCUUGUCUUCUUCCUAGGAGCUAUGGAUGAACGCCCUCGGAAGCUCCCCAAGACUAGUGGUUAUGAGUCAGAAGAAGUUAGUAGCAUAGAGUGGGAGUUCAUCAACAUGACCGAACAAGAAGAGGAUCUCAUCUACAGAAUGUAUAGGCUCGUGGGUGACAGGUGGGAUUUGAUAGCAGGCAGGGUCGUUGGCCGGAAACCAGAAGAGAUAGAGAGGUUCUGGCUAAUGAGGCAUGAGGAAGCAUUUGCUGAGAAGAGAAGCAGCAAAGGACAGCGAGCAGAAGUGAAGUUAAGAGAUUAGGACGAGGCUUAAAUGUAGCUUUCCCUCUUUCUGUUUUUCAUUUUUCGGUGAAAGAGUGUGCGCGUGUGUGUGUAUUUUUUAAUUCUAUUAAUUCAGCCUGUAGGGAUGAGUAUGUGUCUCUAAUGUGAAGGUAAGCAGCAGCAUAAUUCUUUUGCCCCAGACUUCGACUUAGACCUCGCAGUUGCUUUAUUCACCAAUCAGUUUCGUUGAGUACAAAUAUUUGAUGUUGUCCUCGAAUAAUAUAUACUUUGUAAUGGUCUAUAAAGAUUCCCAUGUUCGUCUUUA